CAUUUACGUCACAUCAAAUAUUCCAUUUGGAAAAAAAUCUUCCUGGAAAAUACAUCUUUGGUGUUUUUGCCAUAAAAAAGUUUUUCUUGAACAAAAAGUGCAUUAAACAUGAAUACAUUUUACUGGGGCGGCAUAGCUCGGGGGCUUCACGGUGGCAGAGGGGUUAGUGCGUCUGCCUCACAAUACGAAGUUCCUGCAGUCCUGGGUUCAAAUCCAGGCUCUGGAUCUUUCUGUGUGGAGUUUGCAUGUUCUCCCCGUGAAUGCGUGGGUUCCCUCCGGGUACUCCGGCUUCCUCCCACUUCCAAAGACAUGCACCUGGGGAUAGGUUGAUUGGCAACACUAAAUUGGCCCUAGUGUGUGAAUGUUGUCUGUCUAUCUGUGUUGGCCCUGCGAUGAGGUGGCGACUUGUCCAGGGUGUACCCCGCCUUCCGCCCGAUUGUAGCUGAGAUAGGCGCCAGCGCCCCCCGCGACCCCGAAAGGGAAUAAGCGGUAGGAAAUGGAUGGAUGGGCAUAGCUCGGUUGGUAGAGUGACCGUGCCAGCAACUUGAGGGUUGCAGGUUCGAUUCCCGCUUGAGCCAUCCUAGUCACUGCCGUUGUGUCCUUGGGCAAGACACUUUACCCACCUGCUCCCAGUGCCACCCACACUGGUUUAAAUGGAACUUAGAUAUUGGGUGUCACUAUGUAAAGCGCUUUGAGUCACUAGAGAAAAGCGCUAUAUAAAUAUAAUUCACUAAUUCACUUCACUUUACAUGGACAGAUAAAUCUGAAGUUGAUCUCAAGAUUUAAGUGUUAAAAAAAAAGGUAAAAAUAUGAAAUUAUUCCCAGCAUUUUUGACAUUUUUCAGUGUGCGGCGCUCAGGAGAAAAAGUUAGGACGCAGAUGGGCAGCCAUGUUGUCAGGUCUCUUUCAGGGAGAAGAUUUUUGCCAGUUGCCGUAUUUCCUUGAAUUACUGCCGGGUCAAACUCGCUUGGCAAAAUAAUUAGUGCAUGCUUAGUAUUUGUAGAUCCGCCUCCGCUUGGGAUGGUUUCCUGCUGGCUCCGCUGUGGACGGGACUCUCGCUGCUGUGUUGGAUCCGCUUUGGACUGGACUCUCGCGACUGUGUUGGAUCCAUUGUGGAUUGAACUUUCACAGUAUCAUGUUAGACCCGCUCGACAUCCAUUGCUUUCCUCCUCUCCAAGGUUCUCAUAGUCAUCAUUGUCACCGACGUCCCACUGGGUGUGAGUUUUCCUUGCCCUUAUGUGGGCCUACCGAGGAUGUCGUGGUGGUUUGUGCAGCCCUUUGAGACACUAGUGAUUUAGGGCUAUAUAAGUAAACAUUGAUUGAUUGAUUGAUAUUACCGCCGGGUCAAACUCGUCACGUCACGAGUGACACUUCCCCUGUCAUCAUUUUCAAAAAUGGAGGCUGUUUUCAUUACCAGUCAUUUGAAAUCACAUAAAGGGAAGAAGCUAUUAUAUAUUCAGUAGGAUUUAAGGUCCAAACUUACAUCACGCUCAAAUUUUUACUGCAUUCCUUUGGUAAGUGGCAAAAUGAGAAGAGGUUUCAAAAUUAGCGCGUGCUUACUUUUACCGCAUGCCUUUGGUAAGUGCCAAAAUCAGAAGAGGUUUUAAAUUAAUUAACUCAAGGAAAUACGGUAAGUUUUUUUUUGUAGUAAUAUUCCAAAUUGGGACGUAUUUCAUUUUGUCCUUUUAGAAUAUGUUGUGGGCCGCACUUUGAACACCCUGUUAUUCACUCAGUAUGUGUGAGGCCGCAUUGCUUUGCAGUCCUCUCCAAGGUUUCUCACAGUCCUCAUUGUCACUUGUCACCGAUGUCCCACUGGGGUGAGUUUUUCCUUGCCCUUAUGUGGGCUCUACUUAGGAUGUCGUUGUGGUUUGUGCAGCCCUUUGGAACACUUGUGAUUUAGGGCUGUAUAAAUAAACACUGAUUGAUUGAUAUAUUUUUUUUUACAAGCCUCGGAAUCAAAUAUGCAUUAUUUCUGUGUUCCUGGUCAAUAAUGUCUCCCACUCAGAUGUGAACGUUAAUGGCAAUCGACACUUUAAUGUGGAAAGAGUCCACUUCCGCUGCCCUGAUUUAGAAACAGCGGUAGGCGGGGCUAAAAAGAAAAAAAUCAGUUCCUGCCCUCCUAUUGGCUGGCUCUUCUGUAGGCGUGGUUUGUGGUGACGUCAGACGCACCCGGGAUUAUCCUGUUUUUUGUUGGUUUUUUUAAUGUCGCCUCAUCCAUCGCAUAUUCCAUCCUAACGCACUGCUCGGGGCGGAUUAUCGCCAUGUUGUGACGUUUGCAGCCUCGGCGAGCCUUUACGUAACUUGACGUCGUCUGGAGAAGGAUCUGGAAGCUCGGAUGAGGCGCGUGUCCCGCCACGCAGAUGGGCGCCGACGGCAGCAAGAAGAGGCCCACUGACGCCCGGGAGGACCAGAACCUGGUGUCGGGAUGGCGCGGCUUCCUGUCCGGCAUGAGCCUGUCCCUCCCCGCCGCCGUCUGCCGCCUGGCUCCGCCCCCCCUGCGCCCGGCUGGGCGGCGCAUGCUCCAGGCCAAGGCGCCCGACAUCCCCGAACAUGUGCUGAGGCUGGCGGCUGUGGGGCCCGACAAGCUGAGGGCGGAGUGGAGCCUGCCGGGCUGGGUGACCAUGUUCCUGCCCGAGUUCCCACACAGGCCUGCACCUGGACAGGAACACUUUCAGGUGUUGGGCUACAUCGCCAAAGGUUCUUUCGGCCCCAUCCUGAAGGUGAAGGACAAGAGCAAGCAGAAGACGUACGCUGUCAAGGUGAUUCCCAAAUCUGAGAUCCUCAGACUGGGCGUGUUGGAGCAGUCCAAGGAAGAGGUCAUAGUUCAGCGUCAGGUUCAUCACCCGUUUGUCCACGACCUGCAGGACUGUUGGCAGACACAGCGCCACCUCUACAUUAUGUGUGACUAUUGCGGCACGGGCGACCUCUACACCUACUGGCAGAUGAUCGGACACUUCGCCGAGGACACGGUGCGAGUGUUUGCGGCCGAGCUGGGCUGCGCGCUAGGAUUCCUGCACGACUUUGGAAUCAUCCACAGAGACGUGAAGAUGGAGAACAUCCUGCUGACAGAUGAAGGUCACCUCCGCUUAGCUGACUUUGGUUUGUCUCGUCGUCUGGAGCGAGGAGGACGUGCGUUUACCAUCUGUGGCACCAUCCAGUAUAUGGCCCCCGAGGUGCUGAGCGGCGGUCCUUACAACCACGCGGCCGAUUGGUGGUCUCUUGGAAUCCUCCUCUUCUCAUUGGCUGUUGGCAAGUUCCCCGUGGCAGCAGAAGCAGACCACUGCGGCAUGCUGAGGAGGGUCCGGUCCUUCCCCUACGAGAUGCCCCUCGGCCUCAGCCCCCCCCUGGCCAUGCUGGUCACCGAGCUGCUGUGCAAGACGCCCGCCCGCCGGCUCCGCACCCUGGACCGCUUCCGACGCCAGACCUUCUUCCGCGGGCUGACUUUCGACCAGGGCCUGCUGCAGCGCCACCCUGUGGAGGUGAUUCUGGAGCUGAGGGAGCGACCGGACCGUGCGGCCAAAGCUCGCCGAGGCCUGACGUUGUCGCUGCAGCCGCUCAAGGGCUUCGACUACGACUCGCUGCUCGGACCGCCCGACGCGCAUCCGGACCGCCACGCGCAAAGUCAGGCAAAGUUUCUGUGGCGCGCGCAGGAAGAAGGUCCGCACAGGGAGGUGUUUGUGUGAGGUCGGUACGCCACCAACUCUUUAAACGUGCUUCAUACCGCCGCUUGUGAGGUGGGCGGAGCUACACCUGUCGGGAAGAAAGAUGUCCGCCAUUGUUGUCCUACGUCUACUCUGUGGCCUUCCUCUUCUUUGUGGCGCUGCCGGGUCUCUAACCUUACACCAGACUUCCUGGUUGCGUCACAUGUUCUCUUACGUCACAACACUAGGUGGCUACAAGCAUAGACAUGCCUACUGGCGCUAACGAGACGCGGGGCCGCCAUCUUGGAGUGGUGAUCCGCUCCACUCAGUGCAAUUCAUUUGGCAGGAGGAAUGAAUUGUCAGCGCAUUUCAUUCAUCUUACCUCACUGAAUGCCACCGAUUUUAAUAUGCUUUUUUAUUAUACGUGUGUAGCUAUGAUAAAGGACACGUUUUCUUAUUCAUAGUUUGCUUAACAGGAAUAGAAUAUUCUUAUAUGCUAUAAGUCAGUGGUUCUCAACCUUUUUUCAGUGACAUUUUUUCAAUUCAAGUACCCCCUAAUCAGAGCAAAGCAUUUUUGGUUGAAAAAAAAAGAUAAAGAAGUAAAAAAAAAUGUAAAAAAUAUACAACAUAAAGUUGCAAGAAAUACAUCAAUAAUGAAUAAAGCCAAAUAUUUUCUAGACCAAAAAUCACUUUAUAUUCUCUACUGCUCACUAGUGUUACCAUAUCUGAGUUACUGUGUAGAAAUAUGGGGAAAUAAUGACAAAAGUACACUUCAUUCACUAACAGUGUUACAAAAAAGAUCAGUUAGAAUAAUACAUCAUGUUGGAUAUAGAGAACAUACAAACCCUUUAUUUAUUGAAUCAAAGAUACUGAAAUUCCACGACAUAGUGGAAUUGCAAACAGCUAAGAUUAUACACAAAGCAAACUAUAACCUGCUUCCCAAGAAUAUACAACAAUUCUUCUCAACAAAAGAAGAGAAAUAUAAUCUUAGAGAAAAAUGUAAUUUAAAACAUUUGUAUGCACGUACAACACUUAAAACCUUCAGUAUAUCAGUAUGUGGAAUUAAAUCAUGGAAUGGAUUAAGCAAAGACAUCAAACAAUGUACUAAUAUGAUCCAUUUCAAGAAACUCUUCAAACUGGAAGUGUUAACAAAGUACAAAAAUGAAGAAUCAUGAUAAACAUUCAGAUUUUACUCACACAUUCAUUUUCAAAAUAAUCUGACUUAUCUCAUCGUAUGGAUUAAAAUUUAAGCAAUUAUUUAUUUAUUUAUAUUGUGAUUACUUAUUACUUAUGGAGUAUACAUUGUGAAUACAUUGAGAACAGGAAGUGAUCAAAAGUUUUAGCAACUGUUAUGUAAAGAAAAGGGGUUAGGAUUAAAUAAGCUCUGCUUCUUCCUCCUCCUUUUCGAACAUGUUGGAAAGAGAAACUGGAAAUUGUGAUGCAUCAUGUUGUAUGCUUGCAUGUUCCAAAUAAACUCAAACUCAAACUCAAAAAAAUACAGCACUAUGUCAUCAGUUUCUGAUUUAUUACAUUGUAUAACAGUGCAAAAUAGUGCUAAUUUGUAGUGGUCUUUCUUGAAUUAUUUGGAAAAAAAGCUAUACAAAUAACUAAAAACUUGUUGAAAAAUAAACAAGUGAUUCCUUUUAUAAAUAAAGAUUUCUACACAUAGAAGUAAUCAUCAACUUAAAGUGCCCUCUUUGGGGAUUGUAAUAGAGAACCAUCUGGAUUCAUGAACUUAACAUUUCUUCACUAAAAAAGACAUCUUUAACAUCAAUAUUUAUGGAACAUGUUCACAAAAAAAUCUAGCAUUGUUGCAUUUCUUUUCACAGUUUAUGAACUUACAUUCAUAUUUUGUUGAAGUAUUAUUCAAUAAAUAUAUUUAUAAAAUAUUUUUGAAUUUUUAGAAUCCAUCCAUCCAUCCAUCCAUCAUCUUCCGCUUAUCCGAGGUCGGGUCGCGGGGGCAGCAGCCUAAGCAGGGAAGCCCAGACUUCCCUAUCUCCAGCCACUUCGUCUAGCUCUUCCUGGGGGAUCCCGAGGCGUUCCCAGGCCAGCCGGGAGACAUAGUCUUCCCAACGUGUCCUGGGUCUUCCCCGUGGCCUCCUACCAGCUGGACGUGCCCUAAACACCUCCCUAGGGAGGCGUUCGGGUGGCAUCCUGACCAGAUGCCCAAACCACUUCAUCUGGCUCCUCUCCAUGUGGAGGAGCAGCGGCUUUACUUUGAGUUCCUCCCGGAUGGCAGAGCUUCUCACCCUAUCUCUAAGGGAGAGACCUGGAAACCCAUUUGGGCCGCUUGUACCCGUGAUCUUAUCCUUUCGGUCAUGACCCAAAGCUCAUGACCAUAGGUGAGGAUGGGAACGUAGAUCGACCGGUAAAUUGAGAGCUUUGCCUUCCGGCUCAGCUCCUUCUUCACCACAACGGAUUGAUACAACGUCCGCAUUACUGAAGACGCCGCACCGAUCCGCCUGUCGAUCUCACCAUCCACUCUUCCCCCACUCGUGAACAAGACUCCUAGGUACUUGAACUCCUCCACUUGGGGCAGGGUCUCCUCCCCAACCCGGAGAUGGCACUCCACCCUUUUUAGAAUAUUUUAAAAAAAUCUCACGUACCCCUUGGCAUACCUUCAAUUACCCCCAGGGGUACACGUACCCCAAUUUGAGAACCACUGCUAUAAGUGACUAGAAGUCCGAGAUCUAAUAUGAGAAUAUAACCUCAGAUAAGGGGAAAAAAAACGGUCAGCUAUUUUUAAGUUGAAGAAACAAUAUCCAUCCAUUUUAUACCGCUUGUCCCUUUUAUAUGAUUUGGUUAUAUAUACAUGCAUAUAUCCUACAUACACAAUGUAUGAUUAUGUUAUGCAUCUUAGGGACGUAUAGAUUGUAUCUCUGUUGCUGCAGCAGCAGAGAGUUUAUUCUGGGCAGUAUAGCUCGGUUGGUAGAGUGGCCGUGCCAGCAACUUGAGGGUUGCAGGUUCGAUUCCCGCUUCCGCCAUCCUAGUCACUGCCGUUGUGUCCUUGGGCAAGACACUUUACCCACCUGCUCCCAGUGCCACCCACACUGGUUUAAAUGUAACUUAGAUAUUGGGUUUCACUAUGUAAAGUGCUUUGAGUCACUAGAGCAGGGGUGGCCAACUAGUCAGAGACUAAGAGCCACUUUUUUUUCGGUGUUACUGCAAAGAGCCACAUCAUACACAUGGGUACACAUGAACAUCAUAUUUUAAUCAUGUAUGCACGCAUACACAGACCUGUGCUCAGCCAGAUCUAAUGAAAAUAACCACACCAACAUGAUAAUAUCAGUAAUUUUCAACAGUUAACAUUGUGUGUCUCACACACACACAUACUCUCAGUUCAAGCAAGUCCACAAACAACAAUAGAAUAAUUUUCAAUAACAUCUUUCUCUUACUAUGCUGCUUAGUGAGACUUCUGGCAUUCCUUAUCUUGAACAAUCCUCUUCAAAUCUGGCUUGUAUUUUGUUGUUGCCACUCUAAGCAAUUCUUUCAAAUGAGUGUCAGUCAGAACAGAUCGAUGCUUUGAUUUCAGAUGUUUCAGGGUAGAAAACACAGACUCGCAGACGUACGUUGACCCAAACAUGGACAGUAUCUUAAGCGCAGCUCCUUUGAUAUUGGGGUAUUUUUCAAUUAGCACACUUUUCUAAAACGGCCUUCUUUCAUCUCCGUAAUAUCGCUAAAAUUCGCUCCAUUUUGUCCACUAAAGACGCCGAGAUCAUUAUCCAUGCGUUUGUUACGUCUCGUCUCGAUUACUGUAACGUAUUAUUUUCGGGUCUCCCCAUGUCUAGCAUUAAAAGAUUACAGUUGGUACAAAAUGCGGCUGCUAGACUUUUGACAAGAACAAGAAAGUUUGAUCACAUUACGCCUGUACUGUAUAUACCUUUAUAUACAUAUAUACAUACAUAUAUACCUAUACUGUAUAUACCUUUAUAUACAUAUAUACAUACAUAUAUACCUAUACUGUA